AUGUUCCCAAAUUCCUCCAACUUGGGUCGUCCACCCUUCCCUCCAAAACAUCCGCAACAGAGUAAUUUCUUCAAUAAGCUUCCUGUAACUAUACCACCUACUCUUCUCUCUCACCAGCAAAUUGUUGAUGCUCAGUUUAAUUUUCAGAAUACAGCGGCUCUUUUGAGUGGCAACCUUGCAACUAUUCCAGCUGUUACACCACAGCCAAUGACUUAUGGAAAUGGCAGUCCAGUACAUAUGUCUGAUGCCCCCACGUCAUUCCGAGGAAGAAAGAGACUAAGUGAACAGAGUGUUCCAUAUGAUGUUAAGCGGCAGCGGUUUCAUUCGCAUCAUUCUGAAACAACUGUAGUUAACCAAGCAGUGCCUUUACCAGAAGAACGGAGAUAUUCCUUCCCAGGAUCAGUUCAGUCUCCGCUGUUCCAUGCACGUUACAUACCAGAUUUAACUGGAUGUCUCCCUCCGUUGCGAGAUACUUUGUUUCCAGACCUUAUAGAAACCACGCUACCUGUAGCCAAAGAUAAGUUAAGUCAGCAGGUUUUGGAGUUGUUUCAAGCAUGUCAGCAACAGACCUGUGAUUUGAACAGAAAAGAGCUCUGCAGAACAGAACUCCAGAGAGAAAUUCAGCGAAUUUUUCCACAGAGCAGACUCUUUUUGGUUGGGUCCUCACUGAAUGGGUUUGGCACUCGUAGUAGUGAUGGUGACUUGUGCCUCGUGGUUAAAGAAGAACCAGUAAAUCAGAAGACUGAAGCAAGGCAUAUACUCAGCUUAGUCCAAAAACUCUUCAGAACUAAACUUUCAAGCUACAUUGAGCGACCUCAGCUGAUUCGAGCAAAAGUGCCAAUAGUGAAGUUCAGGGAUAAAGUCAGCUGUGUGGAGUUUGACUUGAAUGUAAACAAUAUUGUAGGAAUAAGAAAUACAUUCCUUCUGAGAACCUAUGCAUACAUUGAGAAUCGAGUUCGUCCAUUAGUACUUGUUGUUAAGAAGUGGGCGAGUUUUCAUGACAUAAAUGAUGCCAGUCGUGGUACUUUAAGCAGCUAUAGUCUUGUAUUGAUGGUUUUGCACUAUUUACAGACCCUACCUGAACCCAUCCUUCCAUCCCUUCAAAAAAAUUACCCAGAAUCUUUUGAUCCUACUAUGCAGUUGCAUCUUGUUCAUCAAGCUCCAUGUACCAUUCCUCCUUACCUCUCAAAAAAUGGAUCAAGCCUUGGAGAGUUGCUAAUAGGCUUCUUCAAAUAUUAUGCCACAGAAUUUGAUUGGAGCCAUCAAAUGAUUUCAGUUCGUGAGGCCAAAGCUAUUCCAAGACCUGAUGGUAUUGAAUGGAGAAACAAAUUUAUUUGUGUAGAAGAGCCUUUUGAUGGGACAAACACUGCUAGAGCUGUACAUGAAAAACAGAAGUUUGAUAUUAUCAAAGGUGAAUUUCUGAAGUCUUGGCAGAUAUUACGAGACAAGAAAGACCUGAACUGUAUAUUACCUUUAAGAUCAACCAUACAGAAAAGAUACCCAACUUUUUUCACUUUCUUCUUAUUGGAUCCUGCUGAACUGAAAUAA